AUGGUGCCAGGACUUACUACCACCGUUGAUCAGCACAAGCUUUCUUCCUUACCGAGUGAUGGUGUCACCGCUGUCCAGUUCCAACCAGGCAAAGCGACACCUCAAUUUCUGGUGGCCUCUAGCUGGGAUUGCACUGUACGAAUCUAUGAUGUGGCCUCAGGAAGUCAACGAAUGAUGUAUCAGCAUAGUACUCCUGUUUUAGACACCACAUUUUCCGACACGGUCCAUGUGCUAAGUGGUGCGCUUCGUGGUGAUCUGAAGUUGUUUGACUGCAAUACGAAUCAAUCCCAACAGCUAGGAUCUUGCACUCGCGCUAUCAGCACUAUGCACUACAACCCAACUAUCCAGGCUUGUAUAACCGGCAGUUGGGACUGCACCGUUCGUAUGUGGGAUCCUCGAGCGUCAUCCUCGUCCAACAAUGCUUUGGGUGAUAAGGGCGGGGCUAUGAGCGUGCAUCGGCAACCGAAUACAGUGUAUACAAUGGAUAGCAUACGUCACAAUUUGGUUGUUGGUACUGCUGGUCGGCAUGUCUUGAUUUGGGACCUGCGUCAGAUGCACGCACCGGUAGAACAGAGGGAGUCCAGUCUGCGCUAUCAGACGCGGUGCAUUCGAUGCUUCCCCAAUGGUCAAGGUUACAUUCUGGGGUCUAUUGAAGGUCGUAUCGCGGUCGAAAUGUUUGAUCCAAGCCCAGAAGCUCAGAAGAAAAAGUACGCCUUUAAGUGUCAUCGAGUCAAGGAGGAAAAUAUGGAAAUAAUCUACCCGGUUACAGCAAUCGCCUUCCAUCAGGGAUACAACACAUUUGCGACUGGAGGAUGUGACGGUAUUGUGAAUAUUUGGGACGGAUUUAACCGCAAACGGUUGGCCCAGUUGGCCAAAUACCCAACCAGUAUAUCCAGUUUGGCUUUCUCCGAGGAUGGACAUCAGCUGGCAAUCGCUUCGUCUUAUAUGUACGAGCGCGGUCAAAUUGAAGACGAGCCGGAGCCCACUAUUUAUGUACGGAGUGUUGCGGACAACGAGGUGAAGCCCAAACAUCUGGCUUCCGCAGCCUCAGCUGCUCCAGCGGGAGGUGGCGCUCCGAUUAAAGCUUGAUGAUUUGUGCAACUAUGAAUCAGUACAUCAUUUUUGCAUUUGUUUCCAUCCGGUCUUCACAGUUUUUAAUAAAUAAUCAAUGUUUCAAGU